UUUUGGUGGAGACAUAGAUGAAAUGAAAAAUCCCGCCAAGGCGAGGGUGUGGUAGAAUUUGGAAGAGCCCUCUUUCUCCGCCACUCCCACUUCUCUCUUUCUCUUUUCUUCGCAAUCUCUUUUUCUAGGGUUUUCUUUCGUAUUGCUUCUGCUAUCACUCAACAUUCCAUUAUCCAUCGCGUUUCUUCUCCCGUUCCCGAUGCCCAAUUUUAGCUAAGGGAAUGUGUUGUUUGGUUGCUACUGACAUGAGGCAAAGUGAAGCCAAUUCAGCCAAGGGUGUCAAAGGCAAUGGUAAAAUCCCGCAGGGUAAUUGGCUGCAACACGCCAAUGCUCAUGAGAAUUUCUCCUGCCAAGCCAAGUUUUUGAGCUCCAAUUUUAUGUUCUCUGUCCCACCUAAGAAGCCUUGCCAUGAAGAACCACUCCCUGGGAAUGCCACGUUUGGUGUUCAACAAAGUGAAAAUAUUCAAGGCUCACGGAGAGUACAAGUUGAGAAGGCUUGGAUUGCUCUUUCAAGUCUACAAAAUUUUAGUAGAAACUAUGUCCAACCUGGAAAAUCGGUUGAGGUUACUCCUCAGCUUCGUGAAGAUAGAAGAACGACUUCCUUCCCAGGGGGCUAUGAGAAUGACAAGAAUAGGUGUCCAGAUGUCUCCACAACCCCAAUUGUUAUCAAUCAUAUUUCUCAGGGUUUGGUUGGUUCAGUCACUUCAGUGAACAAUCAUACUAAGUACACAGGCCAAAUCAACGAGUCUUCCAAAUGUAUGAUUGCUGAUAUUGGUGAUGAUGACUUACUUGGGAACAUUGAUGUUGACCAAAUUGUUGAGAAAUACCAGUCAACUUGCACUCCCAAACCAUCAAUAUCCAAGCUUCCUCCUACAACACCAACUGCAUAUAAUGAUAAUGUUUUGCCACCAGAGCUGUGUUUAGAUUGCAUCCAUGGUUACAAGUUAGGGCUUUGCCCUGAAGCAGCAAGUCAUUUGCAAGAAUUGAAGGAUAAUCUCAUUGCUAUCUCUAAUGAACUGCUUGACAACAGUGAAAACCUUAAUUCUACACAGAUAGCAAAGCUUCGCAAUGAUAGGUCACAACUGAAUAAGCAAAUUCAACAGCUUGAACAAUAUAUAAAUUGUGGUAAUCUUAAUGAGGAAAGGCAAAAGUCACAUCAAUUUGCAUCCACGGCACCACCUACAUCUUUCAUGUAUGAAACACCUCAACAAACUGUCCUUUGUAAUGGACCUAAGAGAGAUGCUUAUAUGGGUAAUGGAACAUAUGGGUCAUCGUUCCAGUGUCUUCCAUCCUUUUCUGUAGACAAUUAUAGCAUGUCAUCAGCUCCAGUGGAGAGGGAAGCGUUUGUCCCAAAGAUUAUUGAAGUUAAUUACAUUGAAGGUUCUGGAGACAAACGUUGGAGCAGCCGUGAUUUUCCUUGGACAAAAGAGUUAGAGGUUAAUAAUAAAAGGGUAUUUGGAAAUCACUCAUUCCGCCCCAAUCAAAGAGAGGUCAUUAAUGCCACAAUGAGUGGAUGUGAUGUUUUUGUUCUGAUGCCCACUGGUGGUGGAAAGAGUCUGACCUAUCAGUUACCAGCUCUUAUUUGUCCGGGUAUAACAUUAGUAAUUUCUCCCCUUGUGUCCCUGAUUCAGGAUCAAAUAAUGCACCUAUUGCAGGCAAAUAUACCUGCUGCUUACUUGAGUGCCAAUAUGGAAUGGGCUGAACAGCAGGAGAUCCUACGAGAACUUAAUUCUGAUUGUUGUAAAUACAAGUUAUUAUACGUGACACCCGAAAAGGUUGCCAAAAGUGAUGUUCUUCUGCGACAGUUGGACAAUUUACAUGUUCGUGAGUUGCUUGCAAGGAUUGUAAUUGAUGAGGCUCAUUGUGUGAGCCAAUGGGGCCAUGAUUUUAGACCAGAUUAUCAGGGACUUGGUAUAUUGAAACAGAAAUUCCCAAAUACUCCUGUUUUAGCUUUAACAGCUACAGCAACAGCUAGUGUAAAAGAAGAUGUUGUGCAAGCACUCGGUCUUGUUAACUGCAUCAUUUUUCGGCAAAGUUUUAAUCGCCCAAACUUAUGGUAUUCUGUUAUCCCCAAGACCAAAAAGUGUUUGGAGGACAUUGACAAAUUCAUUAGGGAGAAUCAUUUUGAUGAAUGUGGCAUUAUCUAUUGUCUUUCACGAAUGGACUGUGAAAAGGUUGCUGAAAAAUUACGGGAAUGUGGGCAUAAAUGUGCAUUUUAUCAUGGUACCAUGGAUCCUGCUCAACGUGCUUCAGUUCAAAAGCAGUGGAGCAAAGACGAGAUCAAUAUAAUUUGUGCUACUGUGGCAUUUGGAAUGGGUAUUAACAAACCUGAUGUCCGGUUUGUAAUCCACCAUUCCCUCCCAAAAUCUAUUGAAGGCUAUCAUCAGGAAUGUGGACGAGCUGGUAGAGAUGGUCAACGUUCAUCCUGUGUAUUGUAUUAUAACUAUAGUGAUUAUAUACGAGUUAAACAUAUGUUGAGUCAAGGAGCAAUAGAGCAAAGUCCCAUGACAUCCGGAUACAAUCGUUCUAAUAUGACAAAUUCAGGAAGGGUACUAGAAACCAACACCGAAAACCUUAUGCGAAUGGUCAGUUAUUGUGAAAACGAUGUUGACUGUCGGCGCCUUCUGCAACUUGUUCAUUUUGGGGAGAAGUUCAAUUCUUCAACUUGUCAGAAAACAUGUGAUAAUUGCUUGAAGAUCACAAGCUUCAUUGAGAAGGAUGUCACAGAGAUUGCAAAGCAAUUGGUUGAACUUGUUAAGCUAAUGGGACAGAGGUUCUCCUCAUCUCAUAUAUUAGAAGUGUACCGUGGUUCCUUAAGCCAGUUGGUCAAGAAACACCGGCAUGAGACUGUGAGCCUUCACGGUGCUGGAAAGCGUCUAGGUAAGGGUGAGGCUUCUCGCGUAUUACAUCAUCUUGUCGUUGAGGAUUUUCUUGUUGAGGAAGUAAAGAAAAGCGAUUAUUAUGGAUCAGUAUCAUCAAUAUUGAAGGUAAAUGAGCCCAAGGUCCGUAAUCUUUAUGCUGGGCAGAGAAUUAUAUUGAGAUUCCCAUCCUCUGUAAAGGCAUCAAAACCAGGGAAAUCUGAUAUAACUCCAGCUAAGGGUUCUCUGACAUCUGGGAAGCCCAACGUUACACUAAUUGACACUCCUCCCGAACCUCAAACUGAAGUGGAUUUGAAUCUUUCAGCUAAGUUAUACACUGCUCUACGGAUGUUGAGGACAAGUCUUGUUAGAGAAGCUGGAGAGGGUGUUAUGGCUUACCACAUAUUUGGUAAUGCUACGUUGCAGCAGAUAAGCAAGAGAGUGCCGAGAACAAAAGAAGAACUCCUUGAUAUCAAUGGCAUUAGCAAGACUAAGGUAAGCAAGUAUGGGGAUCGGUUACUAGAAAUCAUUGAAAAUACAAUUAAUGAAUAUUACAAGUUGGAGAAAGUGAGCAGUGGCAGCAAAGGCAGUGCGGAUUCUUGCAAAAGGAGACGAGGGACAAAUGGAGGGCUAAAUGCAAAUGAUGAGGAUGAUGACGCCUUAACGAAUAGCACAGGUCGUUCAAAGAGAAGGACGGUAAAGAAACAAACUAGAAAAGAUGUGGUGUAUGAUUCUCCAGAGGAAGAUUAUUUCCAUGGAUGCUCUGAUGAAGACCUAGAUUUUGACGUCAUAGAAAUUGAUGCAUUAGAUCAAGUAACAUGUAAAAAUGCUGCAGGAAGAGUACUACCUCAAUGGACAGCAUCUUGAAAUAAUAUAUCACCAUCUUAUUAUUGUACAUGCCCCUGAUGAAUAUGAAUGUCGUCGUAGGGCUUACGGUGGAUCACUUGCAGUAAUUUAUGGUUGUUCCACCGGACGAGUGGAAGACAACUCUUGUACGCAGAUCAACCACAAAAACUGUGGUUUACUUUUAUUUCUACCACCAUCAUAUUGUCCAGUCUUAACUAUGCUGGCCAAGAGGUGCGAAUUUAAUUCGUGAAAAUGUAUGAUAAACUGGCACUUUUUUGUUGUUGUAAAGAAUAGAAGAAAUUAUUAAGAUAACAUCUUCAAAUCUGUGGUAGUUGACAACUGGCAGAGGUCUUGUAUGGCACUUUUAUUUCAAAAUUUAUUUCACUCUGCUUACUUUUUCUUAACUCAUGGUCAAAGGAUGAAUGUAAUGAUUAGAAUCCCUUGAAUUUAA